AUGACCCUCGGCUUCGACCCCGCCAACUUCACCACACCCGUCCCCGACUACCUGCUCUGCGUGCGCUGCAACAACGUCGCCGUCCCGCCUCGCGUCAUCUGCGCAAAGGAGCACCUCAACUGCUCCACCUGCUACGACGACGCGCGCGCCAACCAUCCUCACGCCUCCUGCCCGGCGUGCCACAAACACGUCCGCAAAAACGCGCCCCGCUCGGCCAUCAUCGAGCGUGCCAUCCGCACCCUCGAUGUGUACGACCAAGAACGACAUAUUCCGGACGAGUGUCCCUACCGCCGCAUCUGGUGCCGCGUGUGCGCCCAGGCCGUGGUCUCCAAGGACGAGGACAUCCACAUCGAGAAGCACUGUCGCAUGGUCUUCGUCGAGUGUCCCCGGCGCCCUUGCCCGGCCGGCGGCAAGAUGCGGCGUCACAAGUUCGCCGCGCAUGAGAAGGUCUGCUCGAUGGAGAUCUGCGUCGUCGCCGGCUGCCCGACUCGCACGACCAAGGCCAACAUGCCCGCUCACGAGGCGGCGUGCAUGGCCCAGGUCAAGCUCGUCGAGCGCCUCAAGGACGAGGUCCGGCGCCUCAACAGGAACAUUCGCGAGCGCGAGGACAACGAGGAGCUCCUGAGCGAGGACGACGAGUGGGUCGACGACGAGGAGGAGGAGUACGAGGAGGAGUACGAGGACGAGAACGGCGAGGAGUCGCCGGAACCCGAUUACGCCAGGAUCGGGGGGGCCUUGCAGGCCUUCCGCGCCAGGGCCAUCGCCAAGUACUGCGUGAUGCCGCUCGCGCCCACCUGCGCGCCCGCCCCGACCUCGAGCAUCUCCCGCCCCGCCUCGUCCUCGACCGCCGCCGCCGCCGCCGCCCCCUCGCCCAAGCGCCGCCGCACAUCGCUCGCACCCGUCGACAACACGGCCUCGACGUCGACGUCGGCGAGCAGCAGCAGCAGCACGACGGCCAAGCGGCCGUUCAAGGUGCACGUCGUCGACCUCGAGGAGGGCACGAACGAGAUGAUCGAGUUGUGA